UGGCCCCUGGAUGCUAAACAGCUUCGCCAGGGUUUAGGCCCCCUGCCUGGGUUAUGUGGCAUCUUGUCACCUGCACACACACAUGCCUGCAUGCAUGUAUACCCUGCUUCCAGCUGCUCUUUGCCCAGUUAAAGAUUAGCCCAGUCUGCCUCAUUCCUCCACACCCUCUGUCCAUGACCCUCCCAGGGCACCUGACCUAUCCCAUCCCCUCCCCACCCUUUACAAAUACGCCUGAGCUCCUGAGGACAGUCAGAACCUCUCCAGCCUCCCGCUCCCUGCUCUGCACGGUCAGGUGUUGUUUUUGUCACUCCCUGCACUUGCCUUCAAAGAUGGAGCCAGGUCCAAAGGGGCACUGCCAUGGAGGUGGGCACCCUCCUGGCCCUGGGCACCACCCUGGAGGCGGGCCGCCCCCUGGCCCUGGGCACCACCCUGGAGGCGGGCCCCCCCCUGGCCCUGGGCACCACCCUGGAGGUGGCCCCACCCCUGGCCCUGGGCCCUGUCCUGGGAAGGGCCACCCCCCAGGGCCUCCUGGUCCACAUCACUGAAGAAACCGAAGAAACAAACCAAGAAUGGGGUGCCUGACCUGGCAUGAGUUCUGAACCAGAAUCUUCUGUUCAAAAUAAUCAGCCUCCUGGAGGCCAUGUCUCCUCUUAAAAGAGCCUGUCUUUCUUCACAUCCAACCCAGUCCUCAGUCCAGUUGUCUCUGAGUUCCCUAGUUCUAAAAAUAGGGCCCAGUCAGGCUUUCUCAGAUGUUUGACUCAUUGGUGUCCAUAGCAUAUUAAUGUCACCCCUCCCUUUUGUUUUCACUUCUGUCCCACCCCCCAUCAAAAGGCCCCAAGUAGGGCCUUAUCACCUCUACCCCAUCACACAUACCCAGGGCUGGUGGGCCUUCCAGGGUUCCUCUUGCUGGCCUCACUACAAUUCAGAAGCCUUCAGUGGAUUGCUACUGUCCACAAGUUAUUUCUCACUAUCCCCUGAAAAUACUUUCCAGACUCCUUAACUCUGCCCAGUUUACCCACUACCACCACAUCCGCCCCUCCCAGGAAUGCCUUCCUUCCAAGCCACCAUCAACAUACAGCCUUCUCUAAAGCCUGUUAGAGUAAGAGUCCUUUCUGUGCACACUGCCCUCUUUUCUGAAGCUUUUAUCAACCAUCACAUGGGCCCAACCACAGCCUACCCAAUUGGCACCAAUUAACUGGCUGGCUUUUUAUCUCUUCAGCCAAAACAAGCUACUCAGGGCUGGGUCAACACUUCUGCACUUCUAGACUCUCCCACCCUCAUUGCCUACUGGUCUAUGCCUUGCAUAGAGUGGUAUCUGCACACAGUUUAGGGAUACCCAUAGUCGAAGCAUCUCUGGGUUCUAACUCUUCCCCCAGCCACAUUCUUCAACCAAGGCACCUCCCACACAGAGACAGCAUGCCUGGUAUGAAACCCCUUCUGCUCGCCCAAAUCACAUCUAGGAUCCUCUCCACUCUGCAACUCCCAGGCUUUUCACACUGCUCAAAUCUAAUCUAGUGCUACCACAGCCCUCUAGCCAGGCCUGUCCACUACUCAUCACACCUCCUCUCUCUCACAGUCAUUGCCUGACGGGGGUGGCAGCAAGUUCCCGCAAGUGAGACGCUGUUGGGUACCUUCCAGGCUGAAGAGGGGUGGUUAUAAGAAAAGGAGCUGGAGAUUCUCUGUGUCUCUCUUCUCCUCCCCCACCACACUCUGCACUUCAAUAGCAGAAUCGAGGCUCCUUGUCUAAGGGGUGCAGACCCAGGUCCAGAACAACAUCAAGACCCAACUUGAGCAGAUGUCUAGCACCGCUGGAGAGGAAGGUGCGGGGGUGGGGUUGGGGGCGUGGAGCGGAGCCCAGAGAAAUGUGGGACUAAAAGUAGCCCAACCUCUCUCAAUCCCUUGGCGUCCUGAGCAGUGCAGUGCCGGCCUGGAGCUUCUCCCUCUUUCAAGCUGGAAGAGUCUGCGUUACAAGUCAAUAAGGCUCUCUACAUGGUGCUUGGGGUCGCUCUUCCUGGUCCCUCACGGGAAAACCGAUGCCCCCCAGGAAAGGCCGGUGUGCGAACUACAGCCCGGUGCCAGAUCCCCAAAGGCAACUCUCAGAUCUGGCCCGGGUAGAGGGGCGCACACCACCAGUCCUGGGGUCUUAAAGACAACAAGCCUCCAGCGCUGGGCAGGGGUGCGGCGGGAAGCCUCUGUCCCCGCCCCCCAGUACCGCGUGCAUUGGCUGAGAUCCUCGUCGGCCACGCCCAGCGAUCGGCCCGCUUGGCUUGCACGCAUGCGCCGGAGCCCGCCGCCGCCGCCGCCGCCGCCGUGGUCGCUUCAGCACCAGGGCCCGGACAGCGGCGCCGCCCACGGGCAUGGAAGGUGGUGGCGGCAGCGGCAGCUGCGAUCCGGCUUCUGGCCCGGGUCCGGAAGGGGAGCAGCGGCCCGAGGGGGAGCCUUUGGGCCCAGACGGCAGCUCCCCGGACAGGUCCCAGAGCAAGGCUGUGGCCCCCGAAGCAAGCCCAGAAAGAAGCUGCUCCGUCCACAGCUGCCCCCUGGAGGAUCCUUCCAGUUCUUCAGGACCCCCACCAGCAACUUCCACCCUCCAGCCUGUGGGCCCUUCCAGCCCCUUGGCCCCUGCCCAUCUCACCUAUCCACGGGCACCACAGGAAUACCGGGGUGGCAGCUCCCUGCCAGGGCUUGGGGAUCGGGCAGCACUGUGCUCCCAUGGCUCCAGCCUCAGCCCUUCCCCAGCCCCCUCGCAGCGGGAUGGGGCUUGGAAGCCACCAUCUGUGCAGCACCAUGUGGUCAGCGUCAGGCAGGAACGGGCCUUCCGGAUGCCAAAGAGCUAUUCCCAGCUGAUUGCUGAGUGGCCAGGGGCUGUGCUGCUGCUGUGCCUGGCUGUGAUCCUCCUCUGCACCCUCGCUGGACUGCUGGGGGGCCAGCUACCCGAUUUCUCCAAGCCCUUGCUGGGCUUUGAGCCUCGCGACACGGACAUUGGGCGCAAGCUAGUGGUCUGGAGAGCAUUGCAGGCCCUGACAGGCCCCAGGAAGCUGCUUUCUCUUUCCCCAGACCUAGAGCUGAACAGCUCAAACCCCCACACCACUCUGAGUCCUGCUCCCUGGAGCAGUGCCCAGGAGAGCAUGCUCCGGCCUCGAAGGAUGGUGGAGCCCCUGGACGACAGGCAGGAGAGCUUCUUCUGUGGCCCCCCUGAGAAGAGCUACGCACAGCUGGUGUUCAUGUCCACCUCAGCGGGCAGCCUGUGGAACCUGCACGCCAUCCAUUCCAUGUGUCGCAUAGAAAAGGAUCAGAUUCGCUCCCAUACCCACUUUGGGGCUCUGUGCCAGCGUACAGCAGUGAACGAGUGCUGCCCCAGCUGGUCUCUGGGCAAUUAUGUGGCCGUGCUCUCCAACCGCUCCUCCUGCCUGGAUACCACUCAAGCUGACACAGCCCGCACACUGGCCCUGCUGCGGGCCUGUGCCCUCUACUACCAUCGCGGUGCCCUGGUGCCCUCCUGUCUAGGACCCGGGAAGGACAAGCCCCCACGCUGUGCUCAGAUUCCCACCAAGUGCUCCCAGAGCAGUGCUGUCUACCAACUCCUGCACUUCCUGCUGGACAGGGACUUUCUGAGUCCCCAGACUGCUGACUACCAGGUACCCUCCCUCAAGUACAGCCUGCUCUUCCUGCCCACCCUUAAGGGUGCUUCCAUGAUGGGCAUCUACCUGGAUCGCCUAGCUGCCCCCUGGAGGCUCUCUGACAACUACACAUCCAUCACUGGCAUGGACCUGGGCCUCAAGCAGGAGUUGCUGCUGCACUACCUGGCCCAGGAUACAGUGUACCCCUUGCUGGCCCUGGUUGCCAUCUUCCUCAGCAUCGCCCUCUACCUGCGCUCCCUCUUCCUCACACUCAUGGUGCUGCUAGGGGUGCUGGGCUCCCUGCUGGUUGCCUUUUUUCUUUACCGAGUGGCCUUCCGAAUGGCCUACUUCCCCUUCGUCAAUCUGGCGGCCCUCGUCCUGCUCAGCAGCGUCUGCGCCAACCACACCCUCAUCUUCUUCGACCUGUGGCGCCUCAGUAAGAACCAGCUGCCCGCUGGCGGCCUGGCGCAGCGCGUGGGCCGCACCAUGCACCACUUCGGCUACCUGCUGCUGGUCUCAGGCCUCACCACAGGUGCAGCCUUCUACGCCAGCUACUUGAGCCGUCUCCCGGCCGUGCGCUGCUUCGCGCUCUACAUGGGCACAGCCGUGCUGGCGCACCUGGCGCUCACGCUGGCCUGGCUGCCCUCCUCCGCCGUGAUUCACGAGCGCUAUCUGGCGCGCAGCUGUGCAUCCCGGGCGCGGGGUCCAUGGGUCGGCGGCGCGCCGCGGCGACUGGCCCUGGCGCUGCACCGGCGGCUCCGCGGCCUCCGGAGGGCGGCCGCCAGCACCUCCCGCCUGCUCUUCCAGCGCCUCCUGCCCUGUGGCGUCAUCAAGUUCCGCUACAUCUGGAUCUGCUGGUUCGCCGCGCUGGCGGCGGGGGGCGCUUACAUCGCCGGUGUCAGCCCCCGUCUGCGGCUGCCCACGCUGCCGCCGCCCCGCGGCCAGGUCUUCCGGCCCAGCCACCCUUUCGAGCGCUUCGACGCUGAGUACCGCCAGCAGUUCUUGUUCGAGCGGCUGUCUCAAGGCGAGGGCGGCCACAUGCCCGUGGUUUUGGUGUGGGGCAUCCUGCCCGUGGACACUGGCGACCCCCUGGACCCUCGCAGCAACAGUUCGCUGGUGAGUGACCCUGCCUUCUCGGCCAGUAGUCCUGAGGCCCAGCGUUGGCUGCUGGCCCUCUGCCACAGAGCUCGGAAUCAGAGCUUCUUUGGGACCCAGCCGGAGGGCUGGCCCACACUGUGCUUUGUGGAGGCCCUCCAGCGCUGGAUGGAGAGCCCCGGUUGCGCCCGCCUGGGGCCAGGCCUCUGCUGUGGCCACUCAGGCUUCCCCUGGGCCCCCCAGCUUUUCCUGCACUGCCUCAAGAUUAUGGCUCUGGAGCAAGGCCCAGAGAGCACCCGGGACCUAGGGCCCCGCUACAAUACCCAGGGUGGCCUAGUGGCUAUGGUCCUGCAGUUCCAGACCAACUUCCAGUAUAAUCCAGACUACAGCCAAGCCCACCACUUCUACACUGAGGUCAGCCACUGGCUGGCAGCCGAGCUGGGCAGGGCACCUCCAGGCCUCCGCCGGGGUUGGUUCACCAGCCGUCUGGAGCUGUACAGCUUGCAGCACAGCCUGAGCACGGAGCCUGCUGUGGUGCUGGGCCUGGCCCUAGCCCUGGCCUUUGCCACACUGCUACUGGGCACCUGGAAUGUUCCGCUCAGCUUGUUCUCUGUAGCGGCUGUGGCUGGCACGGUGCUGCUCACUGUGGGACUCCUGGUUCUGCUCGAGUGGCAGCUCAACACUGCUGAGGCCCUCUUUCUUUCUGCCUCUGUGGGCCUCUCAGUAGACUUCACUGUCAACUACUGCAUCUCCUAUCACCUGUGCCCCCAUCCUGACCGCCUGAGCCGUGUAGCCUUCUCUCUGCGCCAGACCAGCUGCGCCACGGCGGUGGGAGCUGCCGCCCUGUUCGCGGCUGGUGUGCUUAUGCUGCCUGCCACAGUGCUGCUCUAUCGCAAGCUGGGCAUUGUCCUCAUGAUGGUAAAGUGCGUCAGCUGCGGCUUUGCCAGCUUCUUCUUUCAAUCUCUCUGCUGUUUCUUUGGACCAGAGAAGAACUGUGGGCAGAUCCUCUGGCCUUGUGCCCACCUGCCAUGGGACGCUGGAACUGGGGAGCCUGGUGGGGAGAAGGCAGGCCGCCCACGACCAGGACCAGUAGGAGGAGCGCCCGGGUCCUGUUCAGAGCAGUACGAGUUACAGCCCCUGGCACGACGCCGGAGCCCCAGCUUUGACACCAGUACAGCCACCAGCAAGCUUUCUCACCAGCCCUCAGUGCUCUCUGAGGAUCUACAGCUGCAUGAUGGCCCCUGCUGCUCCCGGCCCCCGCCAGCCCCCGCCUCCCCACGAGAGCUGUUCCUGGACCACCAGGCAGUCUUCAGCCAGUGCCCAGCCCUGCAGACCUCCUCCCCCUAUAAGCAGGCUGGCCCUGGUCCCCAAAGCCGGGCGAGGCCAGACUCCCAAGGGCAGAAGGCUGAGCCCCUGCAGGCCUCACCAGAAGCGCCAGCCCACUCCCCCAAGCCCCAGCCCCAGGUAGUGGAGCCUCCUGAUUGCCUCUGCUCCUCAGCCAGCACCCUGGAAGGGCUCAGCGUUUCUGAUGAGACCUGCCUCAGCACCUCUGAGCCCAGUGCCCGUGUGCCAGGUUCUGUGAGUGCCUCCCCGGAGGACCUGGACGAAACUGAGCAGACAGUACCUGAGCGGGGCCAGCUGAACGGGAAGCGGGACACCCUGUGGCUGGCGCUGAGGGAGUCUACUUACGACCCAUCACUGCCCACAUCCCACCAGAGCAGCUCAUCCUGGAAGGGCCGUGGGGGACCAGGAGACAGCAGCCCUGUGGUGCUGCCCAACAGCCAGCCAGAUCUGCCAGACGUUUGGCUGCGCAGACCCAGCACCCACACUUCAGGCUACAGUAGCUGAGGGAGGCCCAGGGAGUGCCUGGGGCGCAGAGCCUGUCAGGGAUGAGCAGGCAGGGCCAGCACCAGGCUGGAGCCUAAUGAUGUUUCCCCACGUCCUCAUGGAGAGGUCUUACCCUCCAGCUGUGGAUUUUAAACCCUGCCAGAUGUUCCAGCCUUGGGCUGCUGCUUACUCCCCACAUCUGGAGGAUUCAGUCGGGGAGGGGGGUGUCUUUGGAGUGAAAGGCCAAGUUCUUCUUGUGACCUGCUGAGGGCCUAUCUGCCCGCAUGGUGCCAACCUAGGCACCCCACCUCUGGAAGGGGGAAGGCCAGGUGUGUAGCUGUAUGUAUCAGGGGAGGCUGACCUGGCCCCCCUGCCAAGCAGCAAGAUUCAGUGGGACUAAGGGACCCAGUCCUUGGGAUCCUGCUGGAACACCUCACCAACAAAAAGAGCCCUGAGCAACCUCAGCAGCCUCUUGGGCCUCACACCUUCAGGGGCUCUUUAUCAGGACUUCUCUGUGGGAGGGUUCUCUGGGCCAGAGUUGGGCUGGAGCGUCUGUCCUGAACUGCCUGCCCACCUCACAUACCCCCAUUAGACCAGAAAUUUGUCAAGGCCAGGCAGAGAAAUGGCUGCUGGGAAUGAAGCAGGAAGAGGAUGAAUAGUCAGCCUCAGAGCAUCCCUAAAUCGCUGGGUGGUCCCUCAUGGGAAGCUGCUCUGGCACAGAUGGGACAGGUCCUCUCCCCAUUAAGAAUCCCUUGCAUCCUGCAUCUUUUAGUUUGCAGAACACUUCCACACCCAUCGCAUCCUAGGAAUCUCACCACUUCCAUAUGGGGUAGCCCACAGUUGGUCAGGUCCUUUUGCUUCCAGUUUACAGGCAAAGGUAUUGAGACUAAGUAAGGUUAAGUGAUUUACACCAAGUCACACAGCUAGUAAGUGGCAGAGCAGAUUUCCUGACUCACUCCACCGCAACUCCCAUGCACCUCCUUCUUACCUGCCCUGAUCUUUCACCUCUGACACCCUCUAGCAACCUGCUUGCAGGUGUUUUUUGAGUAAACUCCCCUGUCUCCACCUUAAGCCUCCAUCUCCAGAAUGAGCUAAACUCUGAGCAAGGCUGGAGUUCCUCUGAAUCUCCCCUGUGCUUCCCUUCCCGCUCCAGCCAUGAGGCAUCCCGAGUGACCUGAUUCCCCAGGUCAGGGGCAGGGGCAGGGGCACUCUUCCAUGCCCAUAGUACGUGGAGAGCCCCUGCCAGUAGAGGCACUGAGGGCAGCAGAGGUUGAGCAGAGUUCAGUGAAGGCAGGAACUCAGGCCUGCCCUUUUUAGGAAUAAGUUUGAAGCUGUUUUACAAGUCAGGGCCCCAACUUCCUAAGGACAAGUCUCUUGGGGGCACUCAGACUACAGGCGGACGCCCCCUCCCCAAAGCAAAGGGUCUCUCUGGACGUUUUGUCCCAUGUGAGAGCUCAUGACACCUGGAGCAUCGGCAAGUUUACUAAACACCUAUGGCACUGCAAGGGGACAGGAAUGUGGAGGGAUUAUCGAACAUCUGCCCUCAGAGCUCACCCUCUAGCUGAGGAAACAGUUCAUGUGUACACACAGGCAUCCAUGGGUCACUGAUGGCACCAUGCAGCAUGCACUGAGGGCCAUAUGCCUGUUACCCUGAGUAUUGCUGGAGCUCUAGUACCCAGGACUGGUAACCAGGAAGGCUUCCUGGAGGAGGAAUGGCUUGAGCUGUGCUUCAGGCAUCCAAGUGUCUCGGUCAGGGAGGGAACUUAUCAGUUAUUCUAGAAGUUUUCAAACUUUGUAGCCUCAGGAUCCUUUCUUCAAAGAAUCCCUGUGUGGAAACAGUAUAUAAAACAGAUAAAAAGCAGUGACACUGGUGGGUUCUGGAUGGGGGAGUACGGAGCCAAAUCAACCUCCCUCUCUCCUAUACCUCCCAGGGGACCCUGGGGAAACCCUGAAGCUCCUGGCAGCUCCAAAGAAUGUGGUGUGAAAACCGCGGAUCCAGGUCAUUUCGUGGGUGAGAGGUGAAAGAUUUUUCUGGGGCCAGUCUGCGGCAGGGCUGGAGGCAAAUCAGGGGAUGUUUUUUGUUCUGUUUUGUUCUGUUUUCCUAUGUUGUUGAGAGCUACCUCCCACUCCAAGUAGCCCAGGAGAAAUGGGGCAGGAACUCCAGUGAGAUGGAGGAGUUAUGGAAGAGAAAAUGCCACGGGAAGGAAUGACGGGUUAGGUCGGCUCCUUCGAAUGUUAAGUACAUUAAACCCACUUGACUUCUGACACCAGGAAGGAGAAGCAGUGAGUGGAACUUCACUGGGACCAUCUCCCCAAAGGUCUGCUGGAACCUCUCACUUCAUGGCCAAGUGGAAUUCAGCCUUUCUGUCCUGGCCUCUCUGUACCAUGCACUCUAUCCUGUCAUUGCACAGCCAGGCCAAGAGAGUUCUGGUCUCAGCUGAGACCGCCAGCCAGAGGGAGGAAAAGGUGAGCCCUUCCUGAGCAUGAGCUGAAGUCUGGCCUUGACUCGAUCGAGAGUCCAGCAUCUUAGUUGCCUCUCAGCAACUCCCCAUGGCUCUUCUGCCCCGUGUUGUGGGAGGGCAGCUGGGCCCUGGAUGCAAAGAACCUGCUCCCCACAUCCUCUUUCAUGUCUUGCAGGGGGACACAUUGGUGUCUGGGACAGGAGCUUCAAAAACUUAGCCUGGGGGAGUUCCCGUCGUGGUGCAGUGGUUAACAUCUGACUAGGAACCAUGAGGUUGCAGGUUCGAUUCCUGGCCUUGCUCAGUGGGUUAAGGAUCUGGCAUUGCUGUGAGCUGUGGUGUAGGUCGCAGACGUGGCUCUGAUCCCGCGUUGCUGUGGCUCUGGCAUAGGCCAGCAGCUACAGCUCCAACUGGACCCCUAGCCUGGGAACCUCCAUAUGCCGCGGGAGCGGCGCUAGAAAAGGCAAAAAGACAAAAAAACAAAAAACAAAAAACAAACAAACAAAAAAACACUUAGCCUGGGGAGUUCCCGUUGUGGUUCAGCGGUAACAAACCCGACUAGUAUCCAUGAGGACACGGGUUCAAUCCCUGGCCUUGCUCAGUUGGUGAAGGAUCCAGCCAUUGCUGCAAGCUGUGGGGUAGGUCAAAGAUGUGGCUAGGGUCUGGCAUUGCUGUGGCUGUGGCGUAGUGUGGUAGCUGCAGCUCCAAUUCGACCCCUAGCUGGGAACUUCCAUACCUGAUGGUGCAGCCCUUAAAACAAAAACAAAAACAAAAAACCCAAAACUUGGCCUGGAAUACAAUGACUGGAAUGUUGGAGAGAAUAUGAAGGGGUGGGCAUCAGAGAUCUGGGCACAAUGGAGGCACUCUUCAAGGAUUUCUGGGUCCCCCUUCUUGCGGGCCAUGGACACACAACACUUCAGGAAGGCAGAUGAGCCAAAGCAGCUGAUGUACUGACUGAGUUUGUUCUUUAUGCCACUGGGCCCAAAGGACUGCAAGAACCCAGGAGUAAUCCAGAGCCUCACCUCACAUCUAGGGAGGCCUGGAUCAGGCAUCCCACAACACUGAACUAUCCCACCCUCCUCUCUAGCCUCAACUUUGGAAAGCAUGAUUUGAAGCAUUUUCCAUUUCCUUUGAGUUUCCACAGAUCUGUUCCAUCAUGAGUGGUUACAGUGAGUGUAUGGCCCUGGACAUGUGCUGGGAAGGAGGGGAAAGCCAGUCAAAGCAUUCACAUUUGCUCUGGAAAAUUCAAGAAAUGGUUUCUCAACACAGAGACACUUCGUUCCAUUCCUCUGGCACUUAAGGUCAUUUCUCCUAUUUGAGCUCACACCCAGAGCAUGAGUAUGUGUACUAUAUGUUUUAAAAAUGUAACGUGCGGAGUUUCCAUUGUGGCUCAGCAGUAAUGAACCCAACUAGUAUCCAUGAGGAUGCAGGUUCAAUCUCUGGCUUUGCUCAGUAGGUUUAGGAUCCGGUAUGGCUGUGAGCUGUGGCCUAAGUCGCAGAUGCAGCUCAGAUUCCAAGUUGCUGUGGCUGUGGUGUAGGCCAGCAGCUGUAGAUCCAAUUUGACCCCUAGCCUGGGAACUUACACAUGCUGUGGGUGCCACCCUAAAAAGCAAAAAAUAAAAAAAAUUAAAAUUAAAAUAUAACUUGCUAUAGUUUGUUACUAUGAAAAACCCAUCAUCCUUCCUUGGCUAUGACACUUUGGUGACAAUAUUAGAGAUUGAUUUGUCUGGCAGAAUCUUGGCUAUUUACAGCAAUAUACCCAUACCAUGGUAUUUAGGCAAAUCUCAGCUUGAACCUGAUUCUGAAAGAGACAUCACACAAGAGAUUUAUAAGCCAAACACCCUCAGCCCCCUCCAGUGCAUUCCACUUUCUCCCAGUCCAUGACAAGACAGGGACACAGGUGAGUGGUAUUGGGAAAGAAAAAAAAUUGGAGAGUUUUUUUUCUUCUGUGCUGGCGUCAUUUUAGCCUUUGAGAACACACCUGGGCAAUGGCAGCUCUCUGGCACCCAUGCCGUGCAGCAAGAUCCCACUUGAUUGGGGACAGGAAAAACAGACUUUCCUCAACCUUUCUGCCCUCACCCUUGUUCACAGGGAUGACAACAACUCAAGCUGUGGAGGUAUUUAUGCUUAAGAGAAGAAAAUUGUAACUCGGUUCACUGGAAAGACAAGAAAUAAAAGAAAGCCACUAUGUGCUAUGUAAAUGGCUGGCUGUCCCAAGCCGCCCUGUGCUGAAGAGCACUGGAAGGACCUUGAUAAACUUAGCAUUAUCAUCAGGCCUCUGUGUGAUUAUUCAUGUUAUACAUCAACAUAGGAAAAAGGCCAGCAUUUUACCAAAUUCACAAACAUCAAACAAGAGCUUUAGGAUUGAUAAAAUCGCUGAGUUGGGCAGACUGAUUUUGUGAGAUUUGAAUUCAUGACCAUCAACUUCAGCUGCAGCCUCAGUCCCACCUAGCAGCUAGCUUCCAUCCUAGUUUCUACUUUCCAUUCUUUCCAGCAAUCGUUUCAUACUUUGUCUACCUUCCUCAAACACCCAGAAACCCUUCACCUCCUUGCACCCCUACCUUAAGUAGACAAAAAAAAAAAAAAAAAAGUCUUCUUCAGAAAUAAACCUGGAGGCAUCAGAAAGAAAUUUCCCUACCUUCAAGACAUCAAGUCCCCAGUUUACCUACCCAGCUCUUGACUUCUUCUCUCCCCCUCCCUUCUAUUACAGAGAGGGAAGCAGUGGAGUUCCCAUUUUGGCGCAGUGGAAAAUAAAUCUGACUAGUAUCCACGAGGAUGCAGGUUUGAUCCCUGGCCUUGCUCAGUAGGUCUGGGAUAGGGCAUUGCUGUUGAGCUGUGGUGUAGGUCGAAGAUGCGGCUUGGAUCUGGCAUUGCUGUGGCUGUGGUGUAGGCCAGUGGCUACAGUUCCAUUUUGACCCCUAGCUUGGGAACCUCCAUAUGCCCCGAGUGAGGCCCUAAAAAGACAAAAGACCAAAAAAAAAAAAAAAAAGACUACUUGAGAAUGCUUGGGGAAGUCCUUGAGACAGCAAAGCAAAACAUUAUUAUAACUGUAUUACAUAUGUUCACAUAGCUAAAUAGAGAUGGGAAAUAUAUAUACAUAUAUAUAUAUAUUUUUUUUUUUUCCUUUCUUUCUUUUUUGGCCACACUUGUGGCACAUAGAAGUUCCCAGGCCAGGGGUUGAAUCCAGGCCACAGCUGCAGCUGCACUGGAUCCUUUAACCCACUACACAAGGCCAGUGCCUUGAACCUGCACCUCUGCAGUGAGCAGAGCUGCUGUAGUUGGAUUCUUAACCCACUACACUACAGUGGGAACGCUGAAGAGGGUACAUUUUGAAAAUAUAUAUUUUGUAGGGGUACAAGAACAAAAGGGUUUGAAGAUGCUACUCUAAGUACCAUCUGCCUUGCCCCUUUCUCUGUGACUUUGCUCCUUUGAUCAUGCCAUCUUCCUCCUGAAGCAUCCUUUUCUUCCUCUCAGCUGCUCAUUCCCAUUAGCACAUGUAUCCACUGUUAUCUACAUCUUCGAGAAAACCCUUUCUUGGAGUUCCCAUCGUGGCUCAACAGAAACGAAUCCAACUAGGAACCAUGAGGUUUCGGGUUCUAUCCUUGGCCUCAGUGGGUUAAGGAUCCGGCAUUGCCGUGAGCUGUGGUGUAGGCUGGCAGCUGUAGCUCCAACUGGACCCAUAGCCUGGGAACCUCCAUAUGCCGUGGGUUCGGCCCUAAAAAGCAAAAAAAAAAAAAAAAAAAAAAGAAAGAAAGAAAAGAAAAGAAAACCUUUUCUUGACCCCCACAAUGCACCUCCAGUUACUGCCCAAUUGCUCUACUACAUCCACAAACUCUCUUCUGCACUUGCCGUCGCUGCUUCUUCAUCUCUCCUGCACUUUUCAGCCUGUUCCAAUGUGGCUUCCACUCCAACCUCUCCACCAAAAUUCUUCUUCCUUUACUCACCAAUGACUUUUGGGUGUAUGAGAGAAAACUUAUGCAUGAGUUUAUUCAUUACAGGAUUUUGUAUACACCAAUGACAUCUUUGUUGCCAAAUUAAAUUCUUUAAAUUCUCA